AUGGCACGUUGCCAGUUUCAAAAUGAUUGCAAUGUAACAAAAAAAACACGCAGCCAUUGUUCACCUUGUCGUUUAAAGAAAUGUUUAACGUUAGGAAUGAAUCCUACAUUAAUUCGAAAUAUUCCUGCUUCCAGUAUUAUCUCCAAGAAAAGCCAACAAGUACAAAUCAUAGAAGACAAAGAAAUUCAGUUUCCAAUACCUUUACCACUUAGUCUUCUUCGCAAUGAACAUUCAACAUUAACAACUAAUGAAUGGACUCUUCUUUCAAAUUUUCUUCAUGCAUUUGAUGAACAAAACCCUGCUACACGAAUUCAAAAUUCUCUUAAUGAAUUAUGUUCAUUACCACCCAAAUUACGUUUGAAAUCAUCGGAUACUUACAAUAUGGUUGGUCAGUUUUUUACAGGUGUUCAGUUACUUAUUGAACAUUCACCAGAUUUAUAUUCUUUAUCAAUUGAUGCUCGUAAAGCUCUUACUAAACAUAAUUUAAGUACUGUCGGUGCUUUUAAUGGAAUUUUUCUUUGUCGUGAACUUGAUCUAUUCAAUAAUCCAGUUUUUUUCAAUGCCUGUAGUUUAUAUUAUGGAACUGAAUUUAUUUGGAAUUGCUCUCGAAAUUCCACACGAUGUGACCCAAAUGGAAGUCUUAUUAAAAUGAUGUUAUUUGUCAUGACUUUCUCCAGCAAUUGUUCAAUUGUUAUAUUUGAUGAUAAAGAACAUAUUACAACUAUGUCAAAAUCAAUAGAUCUUAUUCGUAUUCAAAAUUUAUACGUAACCGUCUUGUGGAAAUAUUUAGUUUAUCUAUAUGGAUUUAAAGAGGCAGUACGUCGAUUUUCUUAUCUUGUUAAAAACAUCUUAGAUGUAAUUCAUAUGUUGGAAUUAAUGCCUAAAAAUGAAACACAUGAUUUGAUGGUUGAUGCAAUUGCAACAGAAACAGAACGUGUAUUGGUCAUAAAAUACUAA